AUUGAACACUUUGAUUCAGUCUCAGUACAUAUUAAAUAUGUAUAUAUGUAAUACUACUCGUGCUGUAACGUUACCUCGAAUGCUAUCUAGUUUAUAAAUGUCUUUAACCGUGUAUGCUAGCUAGGACUCAGUUAGCUUAGCACAAACUUCCUCAUUGUUCUAGAAAACUUAACCUUUUUUUAACGGCUUUAUAAACCGUUAAUGUGACGGUUGGUCGCGAUGUUUUUGUGUUGCUGUCUUGCUGUGCAUUGUUACCACAACCGAAGCUGAAUUAAAGCUGCUCUUCUCGGUCGGUGUUCGUACAUCUAUCAUCUCCAGCAGUUUCUUGACCAUCCCUUUCACCAAGAGUGGAUUAGAGGAGGCGCUCCGGUCUGCGGCACAAUUGAGGUCUGAGAUGGUGAUGUCCAUGCAGAGUGACCAACCCAUGGAGCUCCCUCCGCCUGUCAAACGGCCUGAUCCACCUUCUAGGGAGCGCCUCCGGUCCCGUGAACGUGGACCUUUCUCCCCCAGGCAGGUCGUCUUGCCCUGGGAACCUGAACCUAUCAUCUCCAGGGAGGACCUCCGUGAACCUGGACCUAACAUCUUCUCCAGAUCCAAUCCUGAGAAGGAAAGAGCAGGUUCUCCUGCACCGAGCUGUGUGUCCAUGAUGAGUGCUCACUCCAAGGAUCCCCCUCUUUCUUUCAAACAGGAGCGCCUCCGGUCCCGUGAACGUGGACCUUUCUCCCCCAGGUCUGAGAUGGUGAUGUCCAUGCAGAGUGACCGACCCAUGGAGCUCCUUCGGCCUUUCAAACUGCCUGAUCAACCUUCUAGGAGGCAGUACGUCUCGCCCCUUGAACCUCGACCUCAGCUCUUCCCCAGGUCUGAGAGCAUGAUGUCCAUGCAGAGUGACCGACCCAUGGAGCUCCCUCCGCCUGUCAAACGGCCUGAUCCACCUUCUAUAUCCAAUCCUGAGAAGAUAAGUGCAGGUUCUCCUGCAUCGAGCUGUGUGUCCAUGAUGAGUGCUCGCUCCAUGGAUUUCCCUCUUUCUUUCAAAGGGCUGCUCUUCUUGGUCGGUGUUCGUACAUCUUUCAUCUUCUGCGGGCUGCUCUUCUUGGUCGGUGUUCGUACAUCUUUCAUCAUCCCCAG